AUGCUAUUCCAAAAUCCCCUUACCGCUCUGGGGGUUCUCUCCACGGCUGUGCAUGCGCAAAGCGAACCUCGUCGUCGAUGCGCGUACGGUGAUGACUGCUGGCCAAAUGCUGCUACAUGGGACCAAUUUAAUGCCACCGUUGGUGGGAAGCUAAUUCGCUCUCUGCCGUCUGCUGCUGUGUGCCACGCUGAGCGGUACGAUGCCAAUCAAUGUGCCCUCGCGAAGAGUAACUGGCUAGACAGUUCGUGGAGAACUAACCAAACAGGAUCUUAUGCUGCCACUUUGUGGGAGAUGGGCCCUACUGGUCAAUGCUUUAUUGAUACGGCUGUUGAGGCCCCGUGUGACCAGGGAAUUGGUACGAGAUGA